CCCAGUAUCAUUUUUACCUUAACGUGUGCAUCACAUUUCUGAAUAAAGCAUGUCAUACAUACAGCAUAAAAAUAUUGUAAACAUAUUUUCUGAGUAAUAUAGUGCAUCUGUACUUAAAUUAGUGUUUAAUAAGAUCGGAGUGAAAUAACUCAUAAGUUUUUGCGAAAGCAAUAAUUACAAAUACGCCCCCCUAAACUGUUAAUCACGAAAUAAUGUCAGAGGUCACCGAAAUAGGGGCUCCCCUCGAGUGUCUUGUCUGCCAAAAAUAUUUCCCCACAAAGACGCGUCUUCGCCAUCACGUCGCUAUACAUCAGGAGAACCGUGGGAUUAAAUGCGAAAUUCGUGGAAAGGUUGUGAAAGACUUGGGGAUACACAAAUCAAACGUGCACAAAAAUCGGGUCCGUCCAGCCUGCGAGAUUUGCAAAAAGACAUUUUCCUCCUCACAAAAUUUACAAGUGCACAAAAACGCUUUUCAUAAUGAACGCACGGAUCGUCCCCGGUUGCCGUGCUGGUACUCCGACUGCGACAAAACUUACUUGACAAAGGCUGAAGUUAGGAAACAUGUUGGACGGGUGCGCUCAGAAGAUCCGAUCCGAUUUCGGUGCAAACUUUGCGGAAAGGAAUUAAGAUCUGGGCAAGGAUUGGGACAGCACAUUGCCACCCACACGACGGAGAAAAGUUUUACCUGCUCCGUUUGUGGGAAGGGUUUCAUUCAUUUAUCGAACUUUAAGCAGCACCAGCUGAUCCAUCAAGACAAGGCGACUCGGAAAGAGUUUCUAUGCAAAAUAUGUCCCCAGACUUUCCUCAGCAGACAAGGCGUCGCCUAUCAUGCCAGAGUUUUUCAUGAAAAUCAGAAAUAUUCCUGUGAUAAAUGUUGCAAAAAAUUUGUUACAACCUCCACCUUGAAACGACACAUGGCGGCGAUCCAUCCAUCCACCCACGAGCGAAUGAUCACUUACGCGUGUGAUAAUUGCGAGUACCAGAGUCAUUUAAAAUUUCGCCUGAAAAUCCACAGCAUUCGAUGCCAUGCUGGGAAUGGACACUACGAGUGCUACUUUUGUGCGAAGCAGUACUUCACCUACGGAUACUUGACGAGGCACGUGGCCAGACAUAAUCUGGAAGUGUAAAUAAAUAUGUAGUAACAAUCAUGUCCAGUGGA